AUGGGUAGGGAUACCGAGGAGGGCGAAGAGAUAGUAGUGAAUGCGCUGCAGGAUGCGCCUGAUGCGGUGCUGGGGGAUGGCGCUGUGGAUCCCGUAUACGAGGCUAAGGCCAGGGUGUUGAACAAAGCGAUUCAGGAUAUUGGGAUGGGGAGGUAUCAAUGGCAGCUUUUCAUAGUCGUCGGCUUUGGCUGGGCGCAAGACAACCUCUGGCCCAUCGCCACCUCCCUCAUCCUCCCGCCUAUCCGUCUCGAAUUCAAGCCUGACCGAGCUCCCUACCUCACUCUCGCACAGAACAUUGGGCUCCUAGUCGGCGCUCUCUUCUGGGGCUUUGGCUGCGACAUCUUCGGCCGCCGCUGGGCUUUUAAUCUCACGAUAGGUAUCACCGCCGUUUUCGGCCUCGCUGCUGCUGGAUCGCCGAAUUUUGCGGCCAUUGGUAUCUUCGCUUGUCUGUGGAGUAUUGGUGUAGGCGGGAAUCUACCUGUUGAUUCGGCAAUCUUCCUGGAAUUCUUACCUGGGAGCCAUCAAUGGCUUUUGACUGUUCUGUCUAUCGACUGGGCACUCGCGCAGGUCUUCGCUACGCUGGUUGCAUGGCCGUUACUAGGUGAUCUGACAUGUCAAGAGACGGAAAACACUUGCACGAAGAGCAUGAACAUGGGAUGGCGGUACUUCAUGAUCGUGCUGGGCGGCGUGGCAAUGGCCAUGUUCUUCGGACGCUUCAUCUUCUUUACAAUUUACGAGUCCCCCAAGUUCCUCAUGGGCAAGGGACAGGACGCCGAAGCUGUCAAAGUCGUGCACGAAGUCGCACGCCGUAACGGCAAAACCUCUACGCUUACCCUAGACGAACUACAAGCCUGCAACACCCUCGCCGCCCCAGGCACUAUACCGCAACGCUCCCACGCUACCGCAGCCGUAAAACGCAACCUGGAGAAAAUCAACCUAACCCACGUAAAAGCGCUCUUCGCCACACCCAAAUUGGCUUACAGCACCACCCUCAUAACUCUCGUCUGGGCCUUCAUCGGUCUCGGCUUUCCCUUGUACAACGCCUUCCUCCCCUUCAUCCAAGCCACGCGAGGCGCAGACUUCGGCGACGGCUCCACAUACCUGACGUACCGCAACAGCCUGAUCAUCGCCGUGCUAGGUAUCCCAGGAUGUCUGCUUGGAGGAUAUCUCGUCGAGCGGCCGAGUCUCGGGCGGAAAAAGACACUUGCUGCGAGCACGGUAUUAACGGGCGUGUUUCUCUUCUGCUCGACUACGGCGCUGAACUCGGCGAGUCUGCUGGGUUGGAACUGCGCCUACAACUUCAUGUCUAACAUCAUGUACGCGGUGCUCUACUCGUACACUCCCGAGAUCUUCCCCACCAAGGACCGCGGCACGGGCAACGCCAUCACGGCCUCUGCGAACCGCGUCUUCGGCAUCAUGGCGCCCAUCGUGGCCAUGUUUGCGAACCUGGAGACGAGUGCGCCCGUCUAUGUGAGCGGGGCGUUAUUUCUUGCGAGCGGGCUAUUGGUGUUGGUUUUGCCAUUUGAGAGCAGGGGGAAGGCGAGUCUGUAG